GUUCCUCUCUCAUGAACACGUCCAGCAACCUGACAGAUGAACUCAGUCACUUCCACGAUGGUGGCACGGAAAAUGCCACUCCGGAAGUACAGUGGGUCCGGUGGGUGGACAUAGCUGUGGGGAGUGUGGGGCUGUCCAUCGGGCUCUACUCUCUCUUCGUUAACAUCAUUAUAUUAGCUGUUCUAGUCCGGAUGAGUCGGAGAUCAGUCUCAGACACAGUGUUCUGCCAUCUUGCAGUAACUGAUAUCAUGGCCAGUCUGGAUGCUAUCUUCGCUUUCGGGAUCCUCCUAUCAAACAGAACUUUCUUCGAUUUCUACAUACUAGACGAUAUCAUCUGCCAGUUUACAGGUAUCACGUGGUGCGUGGUCUCCAUAGCAACGCCCCUACUACUAUCCAUCAUUAGUUUCGGACGGUUUGUGGCUCUGUAUCUGCCUCACAAAUAUGACAAGUACUACAGUCCCCCCUUAUCUACUACCCUUAUCAUUUCUUCUUGGAUCAUCAGUGUGAUAGGAGGUACGAUGCACGUGUGGAAACUGGAGGGAAUGCGAAUGAACCCAAAGUGGGGUUAUUGUGACUACAGACUCGUGGACAUAUACUCACUUACUGAAGUCAGGUACAUCGUCGUAUUCCUCUACUCACUUCCCCUCACUGUUUCUACACUAAUAUUACUCGUCUGCAACUUAGCUGUGGCUCUCCGACUUAUCAGGGUACAGUUCAAAAAGCCACUAGACGUCCUCGUAUCCCUAUUUUGCCCGGGAAACAGUUUGGACAAGGACGCGGUGGUGUUCAGCAACGGUCCGAGUAAUGAUCCUGUAGAGUGUUCCUUUAGGUCCAGGGAUGGUGCUAGUAUUGAGUUCGAGAUGACGGUCACCGAUCAGACACAGACGAAGGCAAUGGUAGAGAACGGUAAAAGGAACAGAAUAACCCCCUUGACUGCGGGGAGAAAUCAAAAUAAAACUAAUACAAAAGGGAAAUCAAAGUCGAGACGUAGGAAGGAAAAACAGGUUAUUGUAGCUACCCUCCUGUUCUCUCUUAACUUUGGUCUAUGUUACUUCGUCAUGCUGUACUACUACUUUUCCUACAUGAUAAACCCUACCUACAGUGUGUUUGAUGCUCUCAGUAGAGGCGACUUGAUCAAAGAAACUUACAUUCUAGGAUGGUUUUACUACGCCACUUUUCUGAGUUCCUCGAUAAACCCUGUUAUACACUUUUCGUGUAACAGCAAGAUGCGAGUUGGGGCAAAGAGUUUGUUUAGAUGCUUGAGAAAUAAGCUUGCAAGAUUUAGUGGAACUAAUUGAAUGUUAUAGAGUAUGGUUUUUCCUUUCUUUGAUUUUUAUGAUUUUUCGAGUAUCUGAAUUUGGUUAC